AACCGAGGGCACUGGUGGAAGCCGGGAGGCUUCCAUCCCGGCAAGAUCCGGGAGAUGUACUGGGAGCAGUCCCAGAGGCGCUACCGGGAGAGGACGCUGAAGCUGAACCUCAAGAACCCGAACAAGUGGAAAUACCGGCCGGAGAGGAAGCCUCACGGGCUGACGCCCCGGAGGCCGGUGGAACCCGAGGAGGACGACGAUUCCAAAGAGGGCUUCUUGCUCCCAUCGCAAACACGGCGGGCCACCGUCAGAUUCAGCCUCCAGACCAGAUUUCACCAGUCUUCGCAGUGGUCGACCGUCUCCCCCUCGGGCAGCGUCAUCAACGAGCUAGCGAAGAUGGGCGACCCAGACGUCCUGGAGAUGGUGCAGCAGCAAGACAGACAAGUCAGUAGAGAAGAACAUCAUUCCAGAGCAAAUGAGGACCCGAGAAGCAGAGAGUCCAGUUUUCUCAUCUGUCGAGAAGCACAGUUUAAAAAAGAUGAACAAAGCAAAGACUCUAUCUUCUUCAGAGAUGGGAUUAGGAAAAUUGAUUUUGUGCUUUCCUAUGUUGAUGACAUAAAGAAAGAAGCAGAACUGAAGGCGGAAAGAAGAAAAGAAUUUGAACAAAAUCUCAGAAAAACUGGUCUUGAGUUGGAAAUUGAAGAUAAAAUGAACUCUGAAGAUGGAAGGACUUAUUUUGUCAAGAUCCAUGCCCCUUGGGAGGUGUUAGUUACUUACGCCGAAGUGUUGGGAAUGAAAAUGCCUGUUAAGGAGAGUGAUAUUCCCUCAGAUGACAGAAUCCCUUUUAGGUGUAUGCUUGAGCCUCUGAAGCUCCCCCGGGAUGUGAAGCACCCCACCCCGGAAUAUUUCACUGUCCAGUUCACCAGACAUCGGCAAGAGCUCUUCCUCAUUCAAGAUGAGUCAAGCUUCUUUCCGUCCUCAUCAAGAAACAGAAUUGUUUAUUAUAUUCUCUCACGGUGUCCUUUUGGCGUGGAGGAUGGGAAGAAAAGGUUUGGCAUUGAAAGACUGCUAAAUUCUCACACUUACUCAUCUGCCUUUCCACUCCAUGAUGGUCAGUAUUGGAAGGCAUCAGAACCUCCUAAUCCUGUCAAUCAAAGGAACGUACUCUACCAGAACUGGGCUCGGUUUUCUUAUUUUUACAAGGAGCAGCCUUUUAAUUUGAUUAGGGAUUAUUAUGGAGAAAAAAUUGGCAUCUAUUUCGUCUUUCUUGGAUUUUACACAGAAAUGCUGUUUUUUGCAGCUGUGGUUGGCUUGGCUUGUUUUGUUUAUGGUUUAUUAACGAUUCCUAAGAAGUCAGGCAGCAGUGAGAUUUGUGAUCCUGAGAUUGGGGGUCAGCUUAUCAUGUGCCCACUCUGUGAUGAACUAUGUGACUAUUGGAGACUAAAUUCAACGUGUUUGGCUUCAAAGAUCUCCCAUUUAUUUGACAAUGAGUCAACACUGUUCUUUGCUGUUUUCAUGGGAAUUUGGGUCACAUUGUUUCUGGAGUUUUGGAAGCAACGACAAGCCAGACUGGAGUAUGAGUGGGACCUGGUGGACUUUGAAGAGGAGCAGCAGCAGCUCCAGCUGAGACCUGAGUUUGAAGCUCUGUGUAAGAAGAGGAAACUGAACGCAGUGACUCAGGAGAUGGAACCUUACUUGCCUCUAUAUAGCCGUCUUCCGUGGUACAUUUUAUCAGGAGUCACAGUGAUAUUAUGGAUGGCUCUGAUUGUCGCGUGUAUGGUAGCUGUGAUUGUAUACCGCCUGUCAGUUUUUGCUACAUUUGCUAGCUUCAUGGAAAGUGAAGCAUCCUUAAAGCAUGUCAAAAGUUUCCUCACUCCCCAGAUAGCCACAUCUCUCACUGGAUCGUGCUUGAACUUCAUUGUCAUCUUGAUCUUGAAUUUCUUUUAUGAAAAGAUAUCUGCCUGGAUUACAAAAAUGGAAAUUCCUCGGACUCACCAGGAGUAUGAGAGCAGUCUUACCUUGAAAAUGUUCCUGUUUCAGUUUGUAAAUUAUUAUUCAUCCUGCUUCUAUGUAGCAUUCUUUAAAGGGAAGUUUGUGGGAUAUCCCGGAAAAUACACAUAUUUGUUUGGUGUGUGGAGAAGUGAAGAGUGUGAUCCUGCAGGCUGUCUAGUAGAACUGACAACCCAGUUGACCAUCAUAAUGACUGGGAAACAGAUCUUCGGAAACGUUAAAGAGGCCAUUUAUCCCUUGGUUCUGAAUUGGUGGAGACGCCGAAAAGCCCGAACCAACUCUGAAAAGCUAUACAGUCGAUGGGAGCAGGAUCAUGACCUUGAAACUUUUGGUUCUCUUGGGUUAUUCUAUGAGUAUUUGGAAACAGUUAUCCAGUUUGGAUUUGUUACAUUAUUUGUGGCCUCUUUUCCUUUGGCCCCUCUUCUCGCGCUCCUGAAUAACAUAAUAGAGAUUCGAGUGGAUGCCUGGAAGCUUACAACUCAGUACAGGAGACCUGUAGCUGCGAAGGCUCAUAGCAUAGGUGUUUGGCAAGACAUUCUUUACGGAAUGGCUGUCCUUUCUGUUGCAACUAAUGCUAUUAUUGUUGCAUUUACAUCGGACAUGAUUCCCCGUUUAGUUUACUACUAUGCCUACUCAGUAAACGAAACUUGGCCUAUGAGAGGAUAUGUCAAUAACAGCCUGUCAGUAUUCCUCAUAGCCGAUUUUCCAAACAACACUGUACCUUCGGAAAAACGAGACUACAACACUUGCAGAUACAGAGAUUAUAGAAAUCCUCCUGACAGUGAGGACAAAUAUGUUCAUAAUAUUCAGUUCUGGCACGUCCUUGCUGCCAAGAUGACCUUCAUCAUAAUCAUGGAGCAUGUUGUGUUUUUAAUUAAAUUUUUCUUGGCCUGGAUGAUCCCUGAUGUUCCAAAAGAUGUUCUGGCAAGAAUCAAGCGAGAAAAGUUAAUGACUGUCAAGAUUCUCCAUGACUUUGAACUUAACAAACUAAAAGAGAACUUGAGGUUGAGUUCUGCUUCUUCUGAUUUUGACAGGCAUUUCGCUAUUAAGGAAAGCAAAGCAAAUCUGGCUGCAUCAACAACCUAAUUAACACAAUGAGCACCGGUUGGUUGCCUGUCUGGCUUCACAGUUUAUCUGGAUUUGGAGCCAAAAGCCAGAAGCCAUGUGUCUUUUACCCUUUCUUCUUCUUCUUUUUUUUUUUUAACUCAGAGUUUUUGUACACUUUUAUGGAGGCCUUUGUACAGCUUCAUGGAGGUUGGAAGAACAGCUGUCUGCUUCACUGGCUACCCUCCCUAGAUAUUGUUUCUGGGAUUCUAUAAAUGAUUGUUAAAUGUAUGUUUGAAAUCAGAAUAUUGGAAAAUCAUGGGAUGUUGCAGUUUGGAAUUAAACACUGGACGUGGGCUCUCCUAUCACCUUCCAGUGAAGGUGCACAUUUUCAUGGUCUUCUUUCUUUGGGGUUGUAUUAUAUCUCUACCCUAUCAGAGAAAGUAUUGGGACAAAAGGAAUAGAAGUGAAGAGGUCUACUGAGCCAUAUAUGUGUGUGUGUGUAUAUAUAUAUAUAUAUAUAUACACACACAUAUAUCCUGCCAUUUUAGACUAUGCAGAUGAAAAACCAAAAUCAAAUAAGAUAGGAAAACUUACAUAUUAAAAAUACUAGAACAAUAUCAUGGCAGAGCUUUGUUCUGAAAUCAUCCUGAAUAAGGUAAACUUCCAUCAGAAUUCCAGAUAGUCCUUCCAGGUGAACACAAAAUUGAUUUUUCAAGAGACUGAACAUUUGGGUUUCAGCCAAGGACUAAUAACUCAGUUCUUUAAAUGUAACACUUUGGUAGCAGUGGUUUUAAGAAUUGUCUUAUCUGGGAAACAGCAUUAAGAAGGUGUUAAAUUGUUUCAGGUCUUUAAGUAAAUGAAAGAUAUAGUGAAGUGAUUAUGUCUUCUUAGUAGUUUAAGAAUGCAAGACAAUGUAUAUUGAUUAACUUACUGAAUUCAGUCUAAAAAAAAUCGCUGAAAUAUUUUUAAAAACCAUUUUUCUUCCACAAUGCCUAUUUUGCAUCAUGAAGCGAAUCUGAGCAUUAACUAUUCCUGUAAGUUAGGUACAAGUCAUUUAUGAAAUUUUACCUCAUUGGUUAAAGCAGUCUCAAGUCUUCUAAUGAGUUUACAACUUUUUCUAUUGAUGCACUGCUGUACAAUGCUCAGUGCCUUGUUCCUAUGCCUUUGACCCACAAAAUGUGGUGGUCCUGUUGAUUUGAUGAUGUAACAUCUCAGAUGUGAGCUUCUUUUAGACAAGUUGUUAGUUUAACAUCAGUCACAGAGUUAACACCAAAUGUGGACCAACCAAGUAAGAAUACAGUGAUGGAUUUGACAGCUAAGUAAAAAAAAAGUAUGUUUGUUGAAUUACUUCUUCAAUGCUUUAGCCUAAGGCACAGGUACUCCAGUUCUUGUUCUUCUUUCUCUUAAAAAUACUUACUAUCUAUUUUAAACACUACAGAGAGAUGUUUAAUUAUACAACAUUUGAAUCUCUAGUUUCAAAUUACACUUCAGUUUCAAAAGAAUAGUGUUCUGUAAUUGUGCACAAAACAAGAAACCAUUUAAGAUUUUUUUCAAAGUAGCAUUUCAUUAUUUGAUUCUAAUAGUUUUUAUUAAGUUUCCAAUAUUAAGUAUAUGAGAGGUAAUAUUAACUAAUGAUCAAUAUUAAGCAUUUAGAACUGAGGAUUAUGAAUUUUAUAAAACCAUGAGAUGGUUACCCCAAUAUUGGCAGUAAUUGGUCACCCAGUAGGUAGAUUUUAUGAAUAUUUUUGCAUAAUUUUAAAUGUUCUCCUUAAUGAAGAAUGAUUUCACUUGUGGAAGAGAUGUACUUUCCUGCUUGAGAGAACCAGUUAGUGAUACUAUGAAAUUAGCCACAAAUGCAGUAUCUCUGUCAAAUCAAACUCUGUUAUUGCAGUGUUGUACAUUUUGUACAGCUCAUAUUGCUUCCUUCCUGGGUGCUAAUAAAAAUAAGGAAGAGCAUGGAAAUUGGUUUCUUGUAUAUAAGCUUUAAUUAUUAUGGCUGAAGAGUGUUUGCAGAGCUAGGUUGUAAGAUAAAUAAAGACAAAUUUAAUUCACAAGGUUAUCUGUAACACUGCAAUCUGAAACAAACUCAAGUGUUGAGUUUCUAGGAUGUACAGAGAAACUAGCAAGGGAGGAAGUAGUUUUUAAGGUAAGUAAAUAGUUCCUAUGAGGUAGAUAUUUUCCUUUUAAAAUGCUUUGUACUCACCUUCUAGUUCUCUACCAAGAAAUUUCUCACAUUUUAAAAGGA